GCUUAUUCUCCUGGGCGUUUGGGUGGUACUCUUCUACGUGUACGGGGUCUAUGGACGCUUCGCCAGGCGCUCCUCGCUGAUCCGCCAGGACAAGCUUGCGGCGCUGAACAGUGUGGCCACCGAGGCCCUGCAGAACGUCCGCACCCUUCGCGCCUUGGAAGGGGAGCAGUCCAUGGUGUCCAGGUACAGCCAUGAGUCGUGGAACCUCAUUUUCCUGGAACACCAGCGCGCGGCCGCGUAUGGGGUCUUCGCCGUCUUCUACAAUGGCCUCACUGAGGGAAUCAAGGCGGUGGCCCUCGGUGCAGGCGGCGUGCUCGUGGCCAGGGGCGGCCUCAGCCCAGAGCAGCUUACAGCGUCCAUGUUGUAUGUCGAUAACGUGGUGGGCUCUUCGCUCUCGGUGGGCGGCCAAUAUAGGCAGCUGAUGCAGGCCAUUGGCUCUUCCCGCAAGGUCUUCGAGUACGCGGAGAUGCCUCCGUCCCCGAGCGUGGAGCCGAGCAACGAGACUGCGCUGCAGAUCGUCCCCUCUGGCGAUUUCCGUGGCAGCGUCCUGUUCCGCAACGUGUCCUUCACCUAUGCCUCGCGGACCGAACCGGUUCUUCAAGGAUUCGACUUGGAGCUGACGCCGGGCAGCACCAUCGCGCUGGUGGGGCACUCGGGGUGCGGCAAGAGCACCGUGGCGGCACUGCUGCAGCGUUGGUACGAACCCGACCACGGCCGCAUCUUCCUGGACGGCCGGCCCAUCGAUGAGCUGGACCCCCGCUGGUUCCGGUCUCUCUUCGGAGUGGUGACGCAAGACCCGCGGCUCUUCAGCGCCACGGUCUGGGAGAACAUCGCGCUGGGCCUGGGAAAUGCCUUCGACUCCAGCGAGCUGCAGGAGCUCAUGGUGGAAGGCCUGGGUGUCCCCCGCAUGGACGUGGACACGGUCACCCAGCUGGUGCGACGCCAGGCGGCACAGGCAGCCGACGCUGAGAGCUUCAUCUCCCAGCUUCCACAUGGCUACGACACCUUCGUGGGCGACGUGCGCCUCAGCGGGGGCCAAAGGCAGCGCAUUGCGCUGGCGCGCGCCCUGGUUCGCAGGCCACGCAUCUUGAUCCUGGAUGAGGCCACCAGCGCUUUGGACAGCAGCACGGAGGCAGAAGUUCAGGUCAGCGUGAAUGCCUACCUGAAGCAGAGGUCAGCCUCCUGCUUGGUGAUCGCCCACCGCCUCAGCACGGUCCAGGACGCGGAUCAGAUCGUGGUCCUCGACAAGGGUCGCAUCGCGGAGAUGGGCAAACACCAGGCGCUGCUUCGGAAGCGGGGUCUCUACUCGCAGCUGGCCCGCAGCCGGUGAGGUGAGACUUCGCUGCGGGGGGCUGCAGAAUGCAGAGAAUUCGGGCGGUCGGUGCGGG